AUGGUUCAGUGUUUCGCUGUUUUACUGAUUCUCUGUUUUUCUGGGGGUUCACUGGGAACAACUACCUCACCUCAGCAACAAAACACCGCAAAGUUAAAAGAUUUAUGCGAGGUAAGAAGAGAGAACUAUUUUACCUUUCAAAAGAACUUUCACAAUAACGUUGCACGGGAGCCGCCUGCCACUGGACUCAUUGCUACCACUCAAAUACAUGUACGGGCUUUUGCACAGUUAUUCGUGUGCCAUCUUUAACUUGCACAAGUUAAUAUCCUAUCACAUAAACCGCAAAGAUAUUCACAUAAUACAGCUAACAUAUUUCAAUUGUCGACCUUUUUGUCCCUGCUUCAGAGACUAGGAAUUCAAACGACAGUUUUUCGAUAGCACACUUUCUUCACCACCGGCUAUUGUGCUCUUACAAAAGAAUUGAAGCGGCGGGUGGGUGACUAUUAGUUCAUUGUCACGAAUGUUUGGUCGAAACUUACAGAAACCUGACCUUCAGUCCAUGGGGAAAUAUUCUGUAAUCCUUUCAGAAAUCGCCGUUUUCAAGCACAUGCCACAACUUUUUUUCAAUUUCAUCGAGUAUAGUGCGUUUUCACUCAUGUGGCAACCAUCUGUGCAAAUUUAUUGGAACAAAAGAAAGAACGCCGUCUAGUUGUUUAGAAAUCCAGUAUGGCUGUUGUGACGUUACACGUGAAAACGCUCUAUUUUAAUAGAAAAACAAGUAGACCAAAAAGGUCCAGCUCGCACCACCCUCCCCCGACGUCUUUUAAUCUAGGGCACCUUGAUUUUCAGAAAUCAAUACUGGGUUAUGGUUUUCCCGGCAUACCAGGAUCAAACGGCAUGCCGGGAAUGCCCGGUGUUCCGGGGCCGCAAGGACCACAGGGAAGGGAAGGUGCAAAAGGACAAACCGGUGAUAAAGGAUCGCAAGGAAUGCUGGGUCCAAGAGGAGACAAAGGGCGCGAAGGGCCUCUCGGGAAGAGUGGACCGCCAGGAAUCAAGGGAAUAAAAGGUGAAAAGGGACUUGUGGGGAUAAAAGGAGAGCGAGGCAUCGUGGGAAAUCAAGGAAGAAAAGGAGACAAAGGAGAGAAAGGAGAAAGCGUCAAAGCAAGUCAAGCAAGUGUAGUACCACAAACCAACUGGAAACAAUGUGUGUGGAAAUCAGAGAGCCACACUGAUAACGGAAAGAUUAAGGUAAACAAGGAACGGGCUCAAUGAGACAACACCCCAGAUUUUUGUUAAAGAUUUUUUAACAACAUUUUACAGCUAUAGGAAGAUAAAUUUUCCUACCACUUUCAACUUUUAAUUCCGCUCCCCGCCAAAGCCGUAUUAAAAAUAACAAUAGAAAGCAGUUCACUACUUUUGGUUUUAUUUCAGGAUUGCAGCUUCAACAAAUUGAAGGCAGAUACAGCUCUUAAAGUUUCGUACCAGGGAAAUGUGAGAAUGUCUAGUGAUGCGAAGUGUAUUCGAUUGUACUUCAAAUUCAAUGGAAAUGAAUGCAGUGGACCAAUGACGAUCGAGGCUGGCGUAUACAGUGACUGGCCUGGGAGUAUCCCAAACCUUCAUCACCAUCGGUCAUUUGAGGGCUACUGCGAAAACAUUCCUAAAGGAACGGUUCGGGUGGAAUUAUGGGUAGGUCAGUGUGGUAGCCAUAGUUUGGGCGACGCUUACACCGGUUGGAUUUUGGUGUCCCGUAUAAUGAUUGAAGAAGUAUCCAGGCCGCAGUCAUAG